GUCACAUUACCCGGAACUGGAGAGACGCCAGUGGCUCUACCGACAACAUUCAGGGAGACAUGGGGGGAGCUCAGAGUGUAGAGAUACCAGGAGGAGGAUCCGAAGGUUACCAUGUACUCAGGGUUCAGGAGAAUUCUCCCGGUCAUCGUGCAGGACUGGAGCCAUUCUUUGACUUCAUUAUUUCAAUAUCUGACGCUAGACUGGACAAAGACAACGACACCUUGAAAGACUUGCUGAAGGUGAAUGUGGAGCGUCCCAUUAAGAUGCUGGUGUACAGCAGCAAGACCCUGGAGCUGCGAGAGACCACGGUGACCCCCAGCAGCCUGUGGGGAGGGCAGGGCCUCCUGGGGGUCAGCAUCCGCUUCUGCAGCUUCGACGGGGCCAACGAGAACGUGUGGCACGUUCUGGAAGUGGAGCCGAAUUCCCCCGCUGCCCUGGCUGGCUUGAGACCGCACAUGGAUUACAUCAUUGGCGCCGACUCCGUCAUGAAUGAAAGCGAGGAUCUGUUCUCCCUCAUCGAGACGCAUGAAGGGAAAGGCUUGAAGCUGUAUGUGUACAACACCGACACUGACAACUGUCGGGAGGUGGCCAUCACCCCCAACUCUGACUGGGGCGGAGAGGGCAGCCUGGGCUGUGGGAUCGGGUACGGCUACCUCCACAGGAUACCUGUCCUGCCGUUUGAGGAGGUGAAGAAGAUCAGUCCGCCCGCAUCCACUCCCAGUGACCCACUCUCCCCUCUAAAGGAUGGCUUUACAGAGGUGCAGCUGUCUGCAGUCAGCCCUCCCCCUGCUGAGCCUUCCUCUGUUCCCACUGGGGCAGAGCCGGAUCUGUCUGGCCUGUCAAUCAGCUCAGCCCCUCCCACUCUUCCCCACUCACUCCAAACAGGGGCACCCACAGUCCCGCUGCUUCACCAGGUCACUUCCUGUCCGGACAGCCUACCCUCUGUGAACCCUAGCACCGCCACGUUACCAGGUUUAAUGUCAAUACCAGGAGGUCUACCGCCCUUUCCCAACUUGCCAAAUUUAAAUAUCACCUUACCAGACUUCGGCACGGUAACAAUACCUGGGAUUGGAGGAUUGCCACCUACAGGUUUUCCCACGCUCCCUCCUCUGAACCUGCCCAGCACGUUCCCCCUCCAGCAGGCCCUGCUCCCAGGACUGGCUCCCGUUGGCCUCUCUCUGCCCCCCCUCCCCGGAGCCUCCACCUCCCCGGCUGAGCAGACGCCUGGCCUCGUUCCGGAGGCCGUGUCCUCCUCCCCAUGCGCUCCGCUGCUUAAAGGCACAGUGACAGUGACCCCGGCUCUGUUGGACGGCUCGUCUGAACCAGACACAGACACACCAGCUCCCUCACAGUCCUCGUAGCAGCACUGUCCAGCCCGCUGGCCACGUCCCUCACGAUCGGCUCACUCCCAUGGUCAUGUCAUGUCUGCAGUCACGGCAACGAUUGUCAUAGAAGUUUGCUGCUGUUGGAAUGUUCAGAUCGGGGACGAGGCACCUAAGAAACGUUCAUGUAUAUGUAAAAAAGUUUACUGAAGAACGUGUGGAAAAGAUUGUACUACUAAAAGCUUUUUUCUUUUUAUCCAUGGGAAUUGCAUAAUUAUUGGGGUCUUUAAGAGAAGGAUGGGUAAUUAACCCAGAUGUUAUUGUUGGAUUAUUUAAAUCAGCUUUAACCUGUUGCAAUGCAGUAUCAAUUCACUAAAUCAUUUUUUAUUUUUUGUUGUACAAAAAUCAAAGUAUAAUUGCUACGAACGAAAGUAGUUUGUAAUAAACAUCCUUUUCUUGAUUAA